AUGGUCGAUAUAUUCAAGUCGGCUAUUGACGCAGCAUUCGGUGCUGGAUCGAGUGCUCGUAUUACGAAUAAUAUUGGACUAGGUGGUGGUUCAUCGGGAACAGGGAGUGGAGGUGUUAGAAGUGAUUUCACUGGUCAAAUUGUUGAUGUUGGAAACAUUCGAUUGCGUGUUGGAAAUCAAAUUGCCGAGGGUGGUUAUGCGUUGGUAUUCAUUGCCUACGACGUUAAAACAAACAAAGAAUAUGCAUUAAAAAGAUUGUUCGCUGCAGAUGAUAGCGCAAGAAAAGCUAUUGCUCAGGAAAUAUCAUUCCUACAAAAACUAAAUGGUCAUCCGCAUAUCGUUCCAUACAUAGCUGCAGCAUCAAAUCAAGAUCCAACGUUACGUCGUACGGAGUAUUUACUUGUAACAGAAUAUUGUUCCGGUGGACGGCUAUAUGAACGAGUUGUUCAUCGUUCGAAAUCAUUAGAAGUGGAACAAGUCAUUCAGAUUUUUUAUCAAAUCUGUCGCGCUGUGAAACACAUGCACGAACAAGAACCACCCAUCAUUCAUCGAGAUCUAAAAGUCGAAAAUUGUCUUUUAACAUCCACUGGUUUCAUUCAAUUGUGUGACUUUGGCUCGGCAACCACGAAAGUCUACCUACCAGAUGAAACUUGGACAGUUAAAAAACGCGAAUUCGUCGAAGAUGAAAUGACUAAAGUAACGACACCAAUGUACAGAGCACCGGAAAUGUUAGACACGUACAGUAAUUAUCCUAUCAAUGAACAAGUGGACAUUUGGGCACUCGGUUGUCUUCUGUAUUAUUUAUGUUUCAUAAAUCAUCCGUUUGAAGAUUCUGCGAAAUUACGAAUUCUGAAUGCAAAAUAUACAAUACCUGCUAAUAAUACAAAGUAUACUGUCCUUCAUGAUCUUAUACGCACUUUGUUACAAAUCGAUCCACGUCAACGGCCAACAAUUCAUACACUUGUUGAAAAUAUCGAAGAUAUAGCCAUUGGAAAUGAUGUUGGUCUCAAUGAACCACUAAUGUUUCUUUUCAAUUCUAAUGAAAUAAUGUCGCCAACUAAUACAAUGACUUCCUCUAGUGCCGUCGCUAAUCCAUCAUCGAUAAAUGCUCCAAGACCACCGACAACUGCGGGUAGCUCGUCAUUUGGUGCUGGUGUGAGCAGUUACCUUCCAUCAUCAAUCAAAGGUUUAAAUACAUCGGGAAAGACAUGGAUGAAGAAUAUUUUAGACACAUCCACGAAAGUAAUCAAUGAAGGUGUUCAACAAGUUAAGCAAACUUUAGCUACGAACGUCCCAACAAGCUCAACAAUUGGAGGUUCUAGUCAACAUCAUCAUUUCGAAGUUGAUAUGAGUUAUAUCUCAUCGAAAUUAAUCGUCAUGGCUACACCACGUGAUAAUCCAACAGAAUUAGCUGGUCGCCAAUCCGCGGAAUUAAUUCGUGAUUCACUCGAUACAAAACAUUCUCAAUCGUACAUGCUGUUCUCGCUUGAUCAUCCACAUCGCAAUCACCCAAGCUAUCGAAAAGAAAUUUUUCACAAUCGCGUGAUCGAUUUACCACUAGGCGAUGAAAAGCAUGCGCCACGUUUGAUCGAUCUUUUAUGCUUCUGCCAAAAAAUCAGCUCGUUUCUGUUGGAAUCAUCAUCAAACGUCGCUGUUCUUCAUUGCCAUGAUGGAAGAAAUCAAGUUGCUUUUGCCGCAUGUGCUUUAAUUGCUUACCAUGGACUGUUUCAACAAGUUGAUCACAUUGUUCGGUAUUAUGAAGCACGCCGUUGUGCACAUCCCAUGUUGACAAUGUCUCAAAAAAGAUACAUUCAAUAUAUCUGCGAUUUAGCAUGUGGCACAAUUGAAAGACCGCAUUUUAAUGAGUUGGUUUUGAAAUCAAUCAAUCUCUCGCCAGUUCCACUAUUCAAUCGAGAAAGAAAUGGUUGUCGACCAUAUGUAGAUAUUUUAAAUCCAGAGGGUAAAAAGAUAUUUUCAACGUAUCAAGAUUCAAAUAAACUUCGAUUGUUUACUGCAAUGGACGGUGUUUGUCUUGUGCCACUCAAUGUUCCAUUUAGUGGCGAUCUGACAAUUCACGUUUCACACGCUCCUAUCGGUCUGUCAUUACAUGCACAUGACGGUGGCAUUCGCAUAUGUGAAUUAACGAUAAAUUCAAACUUUUGUUCCUUAAAUCAUUCCGAAUUAUCUUAUUCGCGAUAUGAAUUGGAUGGUAUUGAACAUACGGAAAAAUAUCCGCCAUCUUUCCGUGUCACACUUGACACAACAGUAUCGAAACGAACGGCAUCAAAUGAUCAAGAUGUCAUUUCGAAACAAUUGGAUGGUACAUUGAAAAAACCACAAUGUCUUUUCAAAGACGAUAUCGAAUUUCGACAUACGAUUGAAGAAUACGAAAAACGUUUUAAAAUCUCGAGUGGUGAUGGCUAUCAAUACCGUGGUAACUUUCCGACGGAAUCUCCUUCAUUGAACCGUUCGACUAAGCUCAAUACUGACCAACCGACUGCAAAUGUUAGUAAUCCAUCUUCCCCUCAAGUUAAUCGACGUACAUCACCAUCGCCGCAAACGAUCUUCUCGAAUCCAUUUCAAGAACAACAAGGAGAAACUAAAGCUUCGUUUCAAGAAGAAGCACAACCUAAUGACGAAGUCGCAGUUGGCACUCUACUUGACAUCACUGGCGAUGAUUCGCACGUUUUCCAAAGUCAACCAACCAUGCUGACGAAUACCCAAAACGAUUUGUUUGAUUUACAUAUUGAUACUUCAUCAACAUUUUCUGCUCCGAUUCAACCAGUUAAAACCAGCGAUUUGCUUGGCGUUGAUUUCAAUUCAAUGCCAUUAGAUAAACCGAUAUUACAUCGAAAUGCAUCGGAAACUGUCCUACCUCCACCUAUGCAAGCAACAACUAUACUUAAAGCAGAAACCAAGUCAACAUCGAAUCAAAAUAUUAAUCGUUUAGAUCCAUUUAAAGAUUUAUUUACAUCAUCGUCAACAACACAAAAAACGUCAAGUAAUGAAAGUCUGGCUGCUAAACAAGCUGCAGCUGCCGCGAAAACGCCCAGCACACCACCUACAUCAACAACAUCGAUUCCUAAUUAUAAUAUCAAUCUAGCAAGUAAACCAACUCCUCCGCCCGCACCACAACAAUCUAAUCCGGUUCAACCACCUCCGGCUCAAGCUCGCUCUCAAGCGACUAAGAUCGAUUUCGAUACAUUAGUUCGAGAACAAGCAGGAAUGUCGGAUUUUGGUUCAAAAGCACGGCAAGGUACUGCAGCUAUCGGCGAUAUACGUAAAGCCGAACUAGCUAAAGAUCUUGAUCCAACCGUGCUCAGAGUUCGAGAAUGGACUGAAGGCAAAAAGAGAAAUAUUCGAGCAUUAUUAUGUUCGUUAUCAACAGUCACAUGGCCAGAAUGCGCUUGGGGUGGAUGCCAUAUGCAUGAUUUAUUAACUCCAGAUCAAGUUAAGAAAGUUUACCGAAAAGCUGUUCUUUACAUUCAUCCGGAUAAACUCCGUGGUGAUCCGAAUGAACCGUUAGCAAAAUUAAUUUUCGUCGAACUCAAUGAAGCUUGGUCGCAAUUUGAACAGGAAACAAAUCAAUAA